AGUCAUUGUGGGUUGAACAGGUUCUUCCUUCUACCGCCGUAAGCACGUUAGUGCUGAAUGAGCCUCAGUGUUUGGCUUGGUUUGACAAGUAACCGGAGGCGAUUAUGGGGUUUAGUUAGAUGGCACAUCGUUAAAUAGUUGGAGUUAAUCUUGCAUAUAUUUAAGACAAAAUUGAAUUACGAAUCCUUGACAAAUGUAGGGACGUGGGGAGUAACCAUUUUUCACUUGGAGAUCCAGCAGCAAGUCACGUCUCUACAAGAAAACCAGACAUAGUAAAGAUGAAUCGCUUGUCUUUUGACGAUCCCUCGUUGGAUAACUUGGAUCCAACGUUGUCGCUUAAUGAUCCUAGCGACAUAGACACGGCUCUUUUGAGCGAUAUUGAUGACAUGCUUCAGCUCAUCAACAACCAGGACAUGGAGUUUGGAGGACUCUUUGAUGCCCACCCCUAUUCAGGGGGAGUUCCAGCACAAGAGAUUCCUGAUUUGUCCCAGACCAUCGCUUUAGCAUCCCCUCCAACCACCACAACCACACCAGUAUCCUCAUCCACUUCUUCCAUCCUAAGCAGCAACCCCCACCUGGAUGCUCUCCUGGGCCCUCCCAUUACCAGAAGCUCCUCCACCCCAGACAAGACCUUCCAGUCUCCCACCUUCCAGCAGUCUCCUCUGUCCCAAGUUCCCAACGGGACUGAGAGGCAGCAGCCAGCCUCCCCGCAACAAACACAAAGCCUCCAGCAGCCCCAGCCGGUCCUCAGCCCGCCUGCCUCCGCUCAGGCAGCUUCUCCCCAUGGCUCUCCAGGACCAAAUCCAACAUUCAGCUCUACAACACAGGUGCUCUUCACCUCUCAUGCUCCGCAGACUCCGCCACAGCCCCCCCAGGCCCAGACCCAACCCCAACCCCAACCCCAGACACAGGUCCAGCCCCAGGUCCAGACACAGACCCAACCCCAGAUACAGGUCCAGACACAGGUCCAGACCCAACCCCAACCCCAGGCCCAGGUCCAGCCCCAGCCCCAGGCCCAGGUCCAGCUCCAGCCCCAGCCCCAGCCCCAGCCCCAGCCCCAGCCCCAGGCCCAAAGCAACUUCACCAGCCAAAGUAGCUUCACAGCCACCAGUCCCAGCAGCGUGAGCACAUCUGGCGCACCUUCGCCUCCGAGCAUCCAGCCAGUGGCCAUUCACACUCAGCUCCACGGGCUGACCACCACCUCUGCUAUCCUGGCUACAUCGUCCAGCCCUCCAGUCCAGAGCAUCGCACCUCACGUCCAGCAAGUACCUGUGCUGUUGCAGCCUCAGUUCAUCAAGGCUGAGUCCUUGCUGCUUACUACUUUGAAACCGGACCCCUGCAUGGUCACAACGGUAGCCUCUCCCACCUCCCUGGUCACCACCAGCAGCUCGGUCCAGAGCACCUCACUACAGGCGUUUAUGGGAGGCAGUACGAUCCUGACCACGGUGCCUGUGAUGGUGGAUGCUGAGAAGCUGCCCAUCAACCGCAUCGCCAUCUCUGGCAAGCCCAUGGGCCAGCCACACAAGGGGGAGAAGCGCACGGCUCACAACGCCAUCGAGAAACGCUAUCGCUCGUCCAUAAACGAUAAAAUAGUGGAGCUUAAAGACUUGGUGGCCGGGACCGAUGCCAAGUUAAACAAGUCUGCAGUGUUGAGGAAAGCGAUCGACUACAUCCGUUACCUGCAGCAGUCUAACCAGAAACUCAAACAGGAGAACAUGGCUCUUAAAAUGGCUUCCCAGAAAAAUAAGUCUCUCAAGGAUCUGGUUGCCAUGGAGGUGGAUGGACCGGCAGACGUGAAAAAUGAGCUGCCCACCCCCCCAGCCUCGGAUGUGGGCUCCCCGACCUCUUUCUCCCACUGUGACUCAGAGCCUGAUAGUCCGAUGGGAGAGGACACAAAGCCAAUCAUAGGCACGCUGGACGGCUCAGCAGCAGGUGGCAGUGCCAGCGGCAUGUUGGACCGCUCCCGCAUGGCAUUGUGUGCCUUCACCCUCCUCUUCCUCUCCCUCAACCCCCUGGCGUCUCUGCUCUGCUCGUCUGGAAGCAGCUCAGCAGGAAGCCCUGCGGACGUUUCUGCCCAUCACGCAGGCAGGAACGUCCUUGGUGUGGACGUUGCAGCUGACUCCUGGGGCUGGAUGGAUUGGAUGCUCCCUACUAUUCUGGUGUGGCUGGUGAAUGGUGUUCUUGUGUCGGGUGUUCUGAUUCGACUGCUGGUGUACGGAGAACCUGUAACCAGACCCCACUCUGGAUCCUCUGUCUUGUUCUGGAGGCACCGCAAACAGGCUGACCUGGACCUCGCAAGAGGAGAUUUUGCACAGGCCAGUCACAACCUGCGAACCUGUCUGAAAGCUCUGGGUCGUCCCCUGCCCACCUCCCAGCUGGACCUGGGCUGCUCCGCCCUCUGGGCCCUGCUGAGGCUGUGCCUCCAGCGCCUCUGGGUGGGCCGCUGGCUAGCCGCGAGGGCCGGAGGCCUUCGACCUGACCGCCCCCUGCAGGAGGAUGUGUGCAAAAGCAGCCGGGACGCCGCCCUGGUUUACCACCGCCUGCACCAGCUCCACAUGACAGGGAAGCUGAACGGGAGCCACCUGUCGGCGGCACACAUGGCUCUGAGUGCAGUGAAUCUAGCCGAGUGUGCCGGCUCGUGUCUGCCUGUCGCCACCUUGGCUGAAGUCUACGUUUCUGCUGCUCUACGAGUCAAAGCCAGCGUGCCAAGGGUCCUGCAUUUCACGUCUCGUUGCUUCCUGAGCAGUGCCCGGCAGGCAUGCCUGUCAUCCAGCGGCAGUGUGCCUCAGGCCAUGCAAUGGCUCUGCCAUCCGCUCGGACACCGCUUCUUCGUGGACGGGGACUGGGCCAUUCGCAGCACACCCAAAGAGAGCAUCUACAGCCAGGCCGGCAACACCGUGGAUCCUCUGGCCCAGGUGACCCAGGCCUUCAGAGAACACCUCCUUGAAAAGGCUCUUUACUGCGUUGCCCAGCCUCACGGAGAAAAGAGCCUCAGCCAAGGCGAGGGGGAGUAUGCUGAUGCCUUGGAGUACCUCCAGCUGUUGGUCAGUGCUUCAGACGCGGCUGGUGCCACCUCCCAGUCCUUUGCAAUUGGCUCCAGCAUGGCUAUUGUAACUGGCUGUGACCCCCACUCCAAGUGGUGGUCCUCAGUUGCUGUGGUCAUCAUUAAUUGGCUCCAAGGAGAUGACGCUGCAGCGGAGAGACUUUAUCCGACUGUGGAGCACCUGCCCCGCAGCCUGCAGAACGCAGAGAGCCUUCUGCCCAAAGCUUGUCUGAACACAUUUAGGGCUGUUAGGGCUCUGCUGUCCAAGCCUGAAAACUGCCAGAUGAGUCUGAGCUACAUUGACAAGGCCAGCGCCCUCCUCCGAGACAGCCUCAACCUGGGCCCGCACAGCCACAGCUCCAGUUUAGACAAGGUCGUGGAGUUGCUGCUGUGCGAUCUCCUAUUGGUUAUGAGGACCAACGUGUGGCGCGUACAGCAGCAAGGGAGUGCUGGGACCGGGCUGGUGGGCCCCAGCAGCCCCGUGGGCCCCCACCAGGCCUCCCCACCGGAGCUUCAGGGCUUUCAGCAGGAUCUCAGCUCCCUGCGCAAGCUGGCACAAAGCUUCCGACCCGCAAUGCGAAGACUUCUGGAUCGCUCGCUGCGGCGCCGGGCGACACCCGGAGCCAAGACAGAGGAGUGUGAGACGCGUCCUGGGCAGAGGGAGCAGGCAGAAGCUGUGAUGCUGGCAUGCCGUUACCUCCCGCCCUCCUUCCUGUCGGCUCCGGGCCAGAGGGUGGGCAUGCUGGCCGACGCCGCCCGCACCCUGGAGAAGCUGGGGGACAAGAGGACCCUCCACGACUGCCAGCAGAUGAUCAUAAAGCUGGGCAGCGGCACCACCGUCACCAACAGCUAGACCCGAGGAAAAAGGGGGGGAGGGGCCGAGAGACUUGCAUGGACGCUGUAUAUAGAAACACGUCUGCCACACAAAGCGCCCACAAACCCAGAGAGAAAACAAUGAAUUCUUCCACCUGCACAGAAUCAUACGGUCUCUUAAUUUAACUGUAAAGAUUCGAUAAAACUGGAUGUCGCUCAUGGUUCGUCCCACCUACCACCCGCAUCAAAAGGCACUUGGAUUUUAUUAGGAAAUAGGAAGAAUUUAGCUCUUGCUGAGCCGAAACCCCCCCAACCCGCCUCUCCCCACCACAGGAAAGAGCCCCCCCCCCCCCCCCCCCCCAGCAUGCUAAGGUGGAUGGUGCGAGGGUUAAGCACGAAAGAGUUGUUCGCUCAGCAUUUACGAAGCGUAGCUCCACCCCCACGCAGUCUGUUUGGUUUGUGUGGGAGUGGUGGGCCAUGCUGAAUGAGGAAAAAAAACAAAAAACAACAAACUAUUUGGUCCAACUGUGGGGGCGAACAGUGGGAGGCCACUCCACGUCCUGCUCAGACACUUUUGAAGUUUCUUUGAAUCGUGCUUCCUUGGUGGUGUGUCUGUAAGAUGCCCCCCCCCCCCCCCCCCCCCCCCCCCUCCGCCCCAGGCCUGCGAUCACAUGGCUUUUUUUUUUUUUUUGUUUUUUUUUCAAAGAUCUCAUAUAUUUGUUUUUCUAUGUACAUAUUUUAGAAUGUAUUUAUAAUCUAUAAGAUCUUUGAUUAAGGAGUAUUCGCAGAAUCAGUGAAAGAAGCUUGUUUUCUGACUUUAAUUCUGUCGAGCGCGGUAGCCGACCCGGCGGCGUCUAAACUGUAUCAGGUCAUAAAGAUAAUGUUGUGUGACUCAUUUGGCCUUUUGAGCUGAUGGACACGUAUGCUGCAAAUCACAACGGAAACGAUGACAUGGGCCUUUUGCUCUUCACUAGACCUGUGCAAAAUGAUUUAUUCUUCUACAGUUUUUGUCCCCAACAUAAAAUGCAAGAGGCACUCGGUCAUUACAUUUUUUAUCUUUUUUUUUCCAGGAAUUGUACAAAAAAAAUGCACGGCACUCAAGACUAUUUCUAUUUUCUUUUUCUUUUCUUUUUUUACUAGUAUGUCACUAAUGUAAAAUCUGACAAACAUGGGAUGGCGAUGAUUGUAAAUCAGCCAUGUCUGAUGAUAUCAGUCAUGUUUCCUGUAACUGACAUCCAUUUAUCUCUACUUUGUUGGUUUCCAUCCUUUCAUGUAAAUAUUAAAUCCUUUUGUAAAGAAGGAA